CCAUUUACGGAGUGCGGUCUUUCCAAUGCGCUCAUUAAAUUUUCAGCAUGUUAGACGCAAAAUAAAUUCAUUGACGCGCGUGUCUCUUAAUAAAUCGUAAUAUUUGGCUAGCAAGAAGUCUUCGUUUUGUGUUCUGGAUUGACUAUGUGGAAUAGGUCAACGACUGCAACUGGCGAAAAGACAAGCAUGAAAGACGACGUGCGAAAAGAGAAUGAACAGUUGUGCAUAGAGUUGGACAACCUUGGUCGAGAGCAUAAGAAACUGAAACAGAUAGUAGACCAGCUGUCCACGGACUACGAGGAAUCGAAGGCGUACGAUCCAUUAAGGCGGUAUGAGAAACUGAAGGGCAUGGUGAAACGGACAAUUAUGCACUUGAAACUGAACCCCGAUGAGCCGAACACAAUCCAGGCGGGUGUUGUUGGUGGCCUCAUGCAGGGCUGCAGGGACAUAAGCCAUCAGGCGGAGAGUGCGAGGAGGCGAGAAGAUAAAUACUCAAAAAUGUCCAGACAAGAGUUACAACAAGAAAACGUGCACCUGCAAACCCAAGUUCGAGAAAUGCGACGAAAGUGUGCAAUUAUACGUGACGUCAUAGACAAUUUGCAGAAACAUUUCAACGCUUCAAAACGCCACCCUGCCAUCCAGCGUUACAACAUGCUGAAGGCCAUGGUAAAAACUGUAAUACAUGAUGAACUUAUAUAAUCUUUAUGCCGGAUUGCAAACUGCCACCUAGGACAUAUAAUGCUGGGCAUUCGCAAUUUCAGUUACAAAUGGUAUGUAAAUCGACCGAUACAUAUGCGUGCGUCCGUUGAGAUGUUUUGAAAAGUGUUUGUUUAUAUGUGCAUGUUGGCGCAUGUAAUGUUUGCCAAACAAAUUGCUACCAUGUUUGUAAGAGUUUUAUCAGUAUACAUUUUCCAAUUGCAAUUGCAAUGAAUGUGUGUGGGCAUGUGGAAUAUUCAAAGCACACGACAAUAUAAUUUGUAUUAAACACGUUGAGAAAUGUAUCUCUUUAUUUGAAAGAUUGCAACACAUUUCUUUUUUUUCCAUAAUAAAAGGCCAAUUGCCAAUUGUUUUGUGAUAUAUCAGGUGCGGUUAAGACGAAAUUGACCGCAAUUUUUAACAAGCUUUCUUUUAUUCGUGCCGAGCCAGAUUUAUUACAAAACGUUUGGAAAGUCACCUUUUGUUUAAUAUACUGUGUAUCAAGUACUUAUGUUUAGCUAUUGUGGUCAGUCUGUUAAUCUUGCGCCAACAACGUUCUUCUCGUUACCACUCUAUAGUGGUAAUCGUUUCAUCUAAUCUUUGUGAAACUUGUGCAAAAUGUUGAUCUUGGAAAUAUUAAGACCGAGUUUGAAUAAAUUUCAAUGGCUGAAUUCUUAGAAAAGUAUUGUUAGCAAUCUAGAUGUAAAUUCUAUGACAUAAUCUUGAUGAAAUAUGGUCAGAUGUAUGUAUAGACAAUAUCUACCCUACGUGCGUCCAAAAACCAAGUAAUUAGGUGGAAUCUUUUCGAAUAUGUAUUGGUACCCUUUUAUUCUGAUACAUGUAAAGCUCAAUCUUGGUUAAAUUUGGUAAGAAACGUUAUCUUAACCAUAUCUUGGACGAGGUCGGAUCUUCCUUACGUUCGUAACAAAAAAAGUUGAGCCAUGUAAAGUCUUAGAAAAACCUUGGUACCAUUCUAUAGGUCACAUAUAUGACUUAGUGUUUAUGAAAGGUGGUACAUGUAUAUAUUGACAAUAAUUAUCAUAUCUUGUUUUAAUUCUAGGAGCUUCGUUAAUAACUCAAUAUUGAUAAGAUAUUGUCAAAACUUUAUAUUUAUUGUAUCUAGGUUGAGUUUAUAUCUAGAUUACGUUGUUCCGAAUACUAGAUAAUCAGGUAAUAUCUAAAAAAUGUUUUUACAAUUCUAGAAUUUAAAACUCUACCUUGAUGAAACUUAAUCGGGAUGUUUAAUUUAAAAAAAACUCUAUACAUGGUGCCCAGGUUAAAUCUUAGAAAACAAAUAUUGUUUAAAUUAUACAGUUAUUGUCGCAGGUAUUGCUCAAUAUUGCUUAAACUUUAGUAGAUUGUUUUCAUUUUGACAAAGGUUAGUUCUAGUUAAAAUAAUUGGCACUUGCGUUUAAAAAUCCGUCGUCUGCUAAAAAAUUAUAACAACAUUGUUACUGUAUAGUUGCUGCUUUUAUGACACAGAAUGGUAAAUAUGUUUAAAUCUGAGGAAAGGUGAUUGAUUCAGCACCGCCAUGGCUUUCUCAUUCUGUUUCAUCAUCCAUCAAUGCCAUCAUAAUUUAAAACAUACUCAAGCAUAAUCUGUAAAACGCUGCAUGUUUAGGGUUAUUAUGUUGUAUAACUUGUGAACGAUCAUUAACAUCGUCACGAGUUAUUUUGUUUAUUACUUGUAAAAUACAUUUUUUAUGUUUUUAUUUUUGUCUGUUUUUGAAAUUUAAGACAUAUUGGUGUCAAAAUGUUGUAUUUGUUAAUUUUCUUGUUUUUUAAAAAUACAAAUGAUGACUUUACAGUUGAUUGUGAGUAACUACAAAUAUUGACUGGUAAAAAUGCCUUCUGACCCGAUUUAAACAUAUAUCCGGGUAAAUAUCAGCAUAGAGUAUGCAAAACCGUUAUCUUUGUUAUUAUAUUGAUAUGCAAUUUUGACACAAAUAAGCGUGUUUUUGCAUUUAGUGACGUUCAUGUUUAUUUUCAAUGCGAUGCUCAUAAAUCAUUGACAUACGCAAUAUAAAUUUCUGAUUACUGCUUUUCUUUAAGUCAUUUUUUUCAUAGGUAUUUCAUAUUGAUGAAGUUUCUGUCUAUGCGUUUCUAUUGUAAAAUGUCUUGCUACAGCUUUCUGUAUAUAAUUUACCGAAUAUGUGCAUUGUUUGAUGUAAAGCUCUAUAAAUCGAUUAAUUAUGCAGUUUUUAAUAAACAGACAAAACAAGACGCAAAUCAGUUUAGUUCUUACGUCCAACGUCCAAU